AUGCCCGGCCAUGUGUCAACGCAUCACCGGCAUGACAUAUCCGACGCGGAUCGACCCGGUUUAACAUCAGCUGCUAGCAGCUUAUCCGCGUUAGAGAAUGUUCACGGUCUAUUGUCACGGCACGAUAGCCAUCAGAGGGAGCAUAGAGCGCUGCGGCGCGUGCUUUUCCAGAAGAACCCCACGGCUGCUGUCGUGGCGGCAGCAAUGGAGGCGGCGGCGGCUGCGGAUGUGGAGGCUGCUGCUGCAGUGGCAGCGGCGGUGGCGGGGGUGGGUCUGGAGAGCGGGGAGAGUGACGCGGCGAGGGCGGCCGCAGAAGCUGCAGCGGCUGAGGCUGACGAGCAUGCCGAUAGUGUGGAUGCUGCUGCUGCGGCUCAGGCGGCUGCAGCGGCUCAUGCUGCUGCGGAUCACGCUUCUGCGUCGUAUGCUGGCGCUGCUUCUCGGGCUGGUGACGCUUCGACGAAGCCUGUGGCUUCUGUAUCUGCUGUUGUUCCUAGCCGUGCAGGUCUCACUGAAGACAUUCCAGCGCCCCAUGAUGAGACCGCCCGACAGCACAGAUCCGAUUUCGUUGCAGGGACAGCAGCAGGAGGAGAAGGAGCAGCACUAGAAACACCAUCAGAGAAGAAGACAUCUUCCAACAUAGCACCCUCUACCCUCUCGAAACCCUCCCUUUCCUCCACUUCUCCCCUCUCCUCCCUGUCACCCGCGUCCUCCUCUUCCUUGUCCCUUUCCAUCUUCACCGCACCGACAGCACACAUGCUGGCCACGAACACACCCAUGAAUGAGACUCUUGUGCGCCGCUCCAUACUCUCAUGGCUCAGGCUGCGCCCCACCCCGCAGGUCUACCUGCUUGGGGACCACCCGAGCCUGCACAACCUGGCUCGGCAGUUCCCGAACCAUGUGCACGUGGAGCCUCGUGUGGAGAGCUCGUUCGACGGCGUGCCUCUGUUCAGCUCUGUGGUUGCGAGAGCCGAAGCUAUCGGUGCUGCCAAUAGCGCUAGGCGAAGAGAGCAGCUGAAACGGACGGGGAGUCGAUCGCAGCAGCAGCAGCAGCAGGAUGUGAUUAUGGUGGUGGAUUCUCGUGUGAUUCUACUGAAUGAUGUCGUGGAUGCUGCACGAGCUAUGGUGAGGUUGUCUAGAAGCAGAGGCCGAGGAGGAGGGGUUUUGGCCAGAGCUAAGCUGCAAAGAGGGCGAGAACUGCUGGCAGGGGAGGAUGGUGAAAGGAGAAGAAGAUGGAUGGAGAAUCAAGGUGGGGAACAGGGGGAUUGGACGGGUGGGAUUCCAAGACGAUGGUUGCAAGAAGACGAAUCCACGGGUGAGAGUAGGCCACUGGUUUUGGGUUUUGAUGAGGAGGACGAGGAGGAGGUGAAGCUAUGGUUGCAACGCCAGCACCAGCAGCAGCAGCAGCAGCAGCAGCAGCAGCAGCAGCAGCAGCAGCAGCAGCAGCAGCAGCAGCAGCAGCAGCAGCAGCAGCAGCAGCAGCAAGACCAACAACAACCGCAACAACAACAGCAGCAGCAGCCGCAGUUACAACAAGGCAAGGAGCCAGGGCAUCAACAGUCGCUAUGGCAGCAGACACAUGUGAGCAGUCAAGAUGUCCGCGCCAGCAGUAGGACACAGCGUUACGAGCCACAUGUGCCAUUACCAUACAGCUCGCUCAUUCUACCGAACUUGAAACACGAGCUAACAGCCUCUGGAGGAGGCUGGGUGUUGGUUGCAGCUCCCAGGCUCCUCCGCCGUCUCCCCUUUGCGUUUGACCAUCUCCCGGACCACAUCCAGCCCCGGAAGCACAGAGGCGCCCAGGAGCUCUCCGAGCCUGAGUGGCUGCAGCGGCAACUGGUGGUGGGGAGGCAGCGAGUGGCAGUGGAUGCAACGAGUGCAGUGACAGCAGUGAUGGUCAUGGAUGGUGUUCCUGUGGAGAGUGCAGCGCACAGGGAACGCGGUCACAGCCAACUGUGGCUGGCUGGGGGAUGUGAGCGCGAGAGGUUUGGCGCGGAUUCUGGCAACGGGGGAGGGGACGGGGGGGCGGAGGCGGAAGGGGAUGGGGGAAAGCGUGUGUGGGCGGGGGGAGGAGGAAGUGCGUGGCACUGUGAGGUGAACAACCGGCUGGAGGAGCAGGGUGCGGAGCAGCAGAGGCGGAUGCUGGAUGAGGGAAUUAUGGGAGUGCACACUGGCAGCAGCAGCAGCAGCAAUGGAGCGUCUACAUCUGUGUGCCUGCUCCCCCGCGUGCGAGCCUCCUCCUGCCCCUGCGAGCUCGCCCCCUACCACGGCCACACAGCAUCGGACAGCAUUCCCGCCCCCCAAGACCCACUCUACUUCACCUGCAGCGUGCCGGCUGCCCUCGCCCUGCACUCCCAGUCUCCCCGUGCUGCAUCAGCCAAUCUUUCCAGUCCCACUCCCACUGACUCGCCUUCCACUGGGUUUGGAGGCCAGAGCACAGCCGCUGCAGCUGCUUCUGCUGCUUCUGUAGGACGAAGAGCAGGAGAGGCGGAGGGAGAGGGUGAAGGGCCGGUGGUGGUGAGGGAAGGGCAUUCGCUGCAGGUGCUGCUACCUGUGGUGGCGGACAGGCAUGGGGUGGUGGUGCUGGUGGCUGUGUCCGAUGGGGACCAGGACAUGUUGCUCAGCUUCGUGUGCAUGCUGCGGCAUCUCAACAUCUCCAAUUUCCUCAUCGCAGCAACCGACCUCCCCAUCCUCUCCUUCGCCUACCUCCACUCCCUCCCAGUCUUCCACCUCCCAUCCCUUGACACCCCACUCUCCUCCUCGUCCUCCGCCUCCCUCUCCCCCGCCCACUGCACCUCCCUCACCUGCCGCCGCCGCCACUCCAUGCACGUGCGCUCACGAGCAGCACUAGCCAUAGUUCGCCUGGGCUACCACGUAGCGUCCACUCUGGUCGACACCGUGUGGUUCCACAACCCGCUCCCGGACCUCCUAGCGUUUGGUCCCAAUGCCGUGGCCAUUCAGAGCAGCGUGACUGAUGUAGAGCAGCCGGCGAAUAGCGUGGAGGGGACGAGUACCAUGAGCACGGGGUUUUUCUUUGUGAGGGGAGAGGAGAAGUCUGCUGCGGCGCUGGCGGCGGUGGUGGCGCAUGCGGGGGGGAGCCGGAUGGCGGAGCAUCUGAGCUUCUUCCGUGUGCUGUGUGGGGAGAACGGGCAACUGCUGUUGGGCUCAGACGCCUGUCGGUCGCCGUCAGGGGUGAAGACUCGGCUGUUGAACCGCCGCCAUUUCCCUACAGCAGCAAUGUUUGGCCUAUGGGAUGCGGAGAACGUGAGAAGGGCGUGUGGGCGCAUCGGGUGCCGCGUGCUCCCCAGCGACCACAAGCUAGUUGCUGCGUGGGUGGAUGUGCUUUGA